AUGCCUGCUCAAAACGCCAGUGCCACCAAGGCUGUAGAUAUUACUGGCCCUUCUCAGUUUUUUCUCGCUGAAAUGUUUCAGAAAUUGAGUGGUCAUGCUGGCGAAGCUCCCACUACUACUGCCAGUGAGGCGAUGGACCUCGAUCCCCCUUCCUCUGCUAGUUCAUCUUCUAGUGAUGUGGAUCUUCAAGGUCGCACUGAUCAGUUGAAGCUAAUUGUUGACAAUCAGCUCGCCGAAGUUCAGCUUCUCUCUACGACCUUGCUCCUCGAGCAAAGUGAGGAGGCCAGAGCCCAGGCCCUAGCUCGGUUGAUCCAGUUGAAUACGUCCAUUCAAAGUAUCAUACAGAUUCGAGAUUGUUUGCUUGCAUCCAAAGCUACUGCAAAUGAUAACCUCGUUUCUUCGGCUGCUGCUUCGUUUGGCUCAUCCUCAGUCGAUGGAGUCAAAUCCAACAAGAGCGCCUCAGUACCGGUUUUCUUUCCCAACAACUUACCUGCAUUUCAGUGGGUUGGUAUGGAUGAAUUCGACCCCAAAAGCCCUAUAUUUCCUACAGUCGACGCUUGUCUGUUGAAGUUUGAGGAUGUCAUGUUCGCUUACAAGAUGGAUUUCGACAAGGAAUAUGCUCGCUUAGUACCACCUAUGCUGUCUCCAGAACAACGUACUUGGUACGGCUCGUUCACUUCUGCUUGCACUGCUCCUGCAUCGUGGAAUGAUUUCAAGUCGGCUAUCAAGGCUCGUUAUGGCAUUAGCGUAUUGGAAGAACGUCAACGUUGUGCGUCUGAUUUGUUGAGCAUUCAACUUUUGCCCGGUGAAAACGUGAAGGCCUUUCUUGAUCGUUUUACUGACUUGCGUCGUCGAUCCCUGGAUCAAGCCCCAUCCGAUUACUUGUUGGCUAAGUUGUUUCUGGAUGCCAUUCCUUGGGUAGUCAAGGAUAAGAUCAACACCAUCCGUCAAUCCAAGGGCAUCAUUGAUAGUUACGAUGUUGACAUUAUCGUCAGUAUCGCUCGUGAAUCACUAUCAACUAUGACCGCAAAUGAGAUUGCUGCCAUCUCAGCACCCGCUUUUGCUCGCACUGCUGCUGGAUCUGCUGCAUCACAAUGGGCUCCAGUUGCGUCUCCCCGCCGCUCACAUACCAUGAAGGCAUCAUCCUCAACUACUGAUAGUCCUGCCGCUGUGUCUCGUGCUGGUGUCUCUUCUGGCCGCGUGGGCAAGCCUCACUUCAAGGCUACCAAGUCGUGCACUUUCCACCAUGGAAAGCCUCACAACCAUGACACCUCGGAAUGUAAGCUCUUCUUGGAAGAGUUGAAAAACAAAGAUGGUGCCAACUCUAUGCCAACCAGCAACCAAGCAUCGGGUCGCCGUUACAUGAUGUCGCUUGCGGAUGCCAAGGCAUUAGAUCGAUGCCGUACUUGUGGUGCCCACAAUUACUCUGCUGGUCCCCAUGAGUGCAACACGGCUGUGCGCACUGGUGAUGCUCCUACUAGUACCUUACAUCGUUUUGGUAUGUUGCGCCUUCAAGAGGGCGUGGUGUCGUCUGCUACCACCGCUGGUAGCACUGCUAUUGUAACUGCUCCUGCUGUUGAUCCUACUGUGGGCUCGUUGUCUGAGGCUGGUGCAGCCAUGUUCUGCAGAUACCAUCCAAAUAGCAAGACCCAUAGCACUGACGACUGUGUUGAGCUUUUGCAAGUGAUCAAAAAGAACCCUCCGCGUUCUCAAUCUCGUCUUGCUGUCGAGACCAAUGGUGGCCGCAGUGCCGCAUUAUUGUCGUCAUCGUCUAUUUCGUCUCCUCAGGCCCAACCUACUACUGGUAAUAAUUCUGUUGUUGUUCAGGAAGAUCAGCAAAGUAACAACAACUCGAGUGAAUCUGGUUCCUCGUUGUUGGUGCCCGCUGCUGUUGCUAAACAGAGUCGUCACGAUCAAAGUGAUUGCCACUCGGCUGUUGAGCCUAUGGACAUUGAUCUACAUACUGCAGUUCAUGCACACAAAUGUAAGGAUAAUCAACGUUCCAUCUUGCCUGUCAAUAAGUCUAAUUCACUUCUUAUUCCGCUUGUCGUAGAAUCGCACAAGGUAUAUGGUGUUUUAGAUACGGGAUGUACAUUUUCAAUUUGUUCCCCUCGUUUCGCCAACCAGCUUGGUGUUCAAAUCAACCGCUCUGUUCAUGGUCAGGUCCAGUUAGGCCAUACAGACAGUGUUAAACCUCGUAUUGGCACUUGCUCACUUAAAAUCUCGUGUAAUAAACGCAGUUUUAUUCACACAUUUGAGAUAUUUGAUUUCUUUACUGAUUCGGAUGAUUGCCCCAUGUUGCUUGGGUUGGAUAUCAUGCCUGAUCUACAGAUUGGAAUCACUGGCCUUGCUUCAACAUGGUUUGAAGAGCUUGGACCCAGACUUCCCGACCCCAUUGAUCCUGACAUUGAGCCUAAUAACGAUCCAUACGGAUCACCUGCUGAGCGUGUAAAGGCUUUCAAACCUAUUGAACAGUUAUUGGUAGAAAAUGCUGCCAUUGAUCUUGCUACUACUCAUUGUAACUUGCCUGGUGCGAUUGACCAACUCGAGACAAUCCCUGGUAAGGUUGCCUAUCGUGCUCCCUAUCCUAUUCCAGUUGUCUAUAAGGAAGCUGUGUCUAAGCAGUUGAUGGAGUGGGAACGAGACGGUGUCAUUGAGCGCAGUCCAAGUCAUAAUGGCUGGAAUUCUCCUUUGCUCGUCGUUGCCAAAAAGAAUUCUAAUGGUGAAUAUUCGUUUCACAAGCCAUGUAUUGUUGCUGACGUUCGCCUACUCAACCAAAUCUUGGUCUCCACUGACAAGUACAUUAUGCCUCGCAUUGAUGAAAUCCAUGCUCGUCACAGCCGCGCUGUCAUGACAAGUUCCAUCAAUAUCAAAAGUUUCUUCACGAGUUUCUUGGUCGAUCCACGUCAUCGCCACAAGUUAGCCUUUACCGAUCCAUUCACGCAAACGCAAUGGGUCCACAGGAAGGUGUGCUUUGGAGUAAAUUUCAUGGGCAAUUUAGCUAUGCGCUUGAUAUCCAAUUUUUUUACCGACAUGCUUGAUCAGGUGUCACUUUAUAUCGACGAUUUAGGGUGCCUUACGUACACUGACUCUCUGGAUGAGCACGUUGCGUUAGUCGCUGAGGUGAUCCGUUGUCUGACCAAGGCUAAUCUCCAAAUUAACCAGGACAAGUUUGUGUUUGCUCAGCGCAGUACUCAUGUGCUGGGUUGGAGCAUCAUUCAGAACCGCCUUGUGCCUGACGCUCGCAAAUUGACCAAUUUUCAUCUGUGGCCUAUACCUACCACUGGUAAGCAGCUGAUGAAGUACUUGGGGUUUUGCAAUUACUUUCGAAAUGUCAUCCCUGGAUACAGCGAACUGGCUGUUGUAUUCACACAUAUAACUGUUCCUGAAUCAUAA